AUUUCUAUCGUUAAUUUUAUUGUACCUCUUUGCCUCUUCGUCCCCAUAUUUUUCUACCGCCUGCACUUUCAGAAAGUCGCCUUGUGAAAUACUAAAACGGAAGUAAACAGAUCAAGCUCAGUUCAUAAAAGGGAAAAGCAGCCAACCAGGUCAACAGCUAUCGCAGUGGAGACACAGAUUUCCGUGGAACCAUUGACGAACUUUUCAUGAUAGUUUAGAACACUUUCUACAUAUGGCAGAAUCUUCAGACAUUAACAAUGGACGGUCAAACUUGUACCCUGAUAUUUCUGAUGCCCUAAAUGCAGACUAUGUACCAGCAGUAGAAGCGGAACUAGCCAACAACGAUAAAUAUAUACCUUCGUACAGUUUUAAUAAUGAGACAGGCGAGACAUGGAAUUCGCAAUCCACACCUUUUUCUAUCCCAGACACAAUGGAUUAUACAAAUGAUACGCCUUCUUCAAAUAAUUCUACUAAAGACGACAAUAAAAGAGAAAACAACACAAACCAAGAAAGACGACGCAACAUCAGACUUCAGAGUGGAGCAGGAAGCGAUAAAUACCAGAAUGCUAGUAGGUUCCCUGGUGGACAUAGUAAAGCAAAUGCAGAAAGACCAAAACCUCAACCAUGUGACACCAUAAACAUUGGAUCUACUGGUAACUGUUCACCAGAUUACAAAUCUCGAGACCAUGCAGCUGGAGGACAAUCAAGCGAACAUGCUCGACAAGGGAGAGACAGAAUACAAAAAGAGACUGAGAAUUAUUUAUUCUUCUGGCGAAAAGAAUCGCCAUUCAGUCAGUGGCAUCCAGCCAAAUUUACUAUUGAUGGGCUCACUUUCAAUUGUGCUGAACAGUAUAUGAUGUAUAAUAAAGCAAAAUUUUCUAAAAAUGAAGCAGAACUAGACGCAGUUAUAUUGUCACUGGACGACCCUGGCGAUAUGAAGAGCUAUGGAAGAAGCAUCUGUGAUCUUGAUUAUGUAGCAUGGGAGGAAAAACGUGAAGAGAUAGUUAAGAAAGGCAAUAUGGCAAAAUUUUCCCAAAAUGAAAAAUUGAGAGAGGAACUUGUAAGCACGUAUCCAAAGCUUUUAGUAGAAGCAAGUCCACAUGACCAAGUUUGGGGAAUAGGUUUGGCAGCAGACGACCCUAAAAUAUUCGAUGUGAAUAACUGGAGAGGAUCAAAUCUAUUAGGGAAAAUUAUAACAGAAGUCAGAGACGAACUCUUAGGGGAUUUUCUGAAGCCAUCAGUAUAGAACUUUGUGUUGAUUUUGAAGAAGAACUUUUACUUUUUUAUAUAGAGCUUAUCUGUGAUCACCAUCAUUAAGUACUUUGUAAAUGCUGUUCAAUCUAUAGGUUUAUUCUUUGGAAAUUAAUCAUUAUUUUUAAAUGUAAAUAUAUUCCCUAUAUUUCUUUUUUUUCUUAACUAUUUUAAACAAGAACAUGUGUCCAUAGAACAUCAUGACCCCCUGCUUGCAAUACCUAGUGUCCUUGUUAAGUGUAUCUGUAAAUCUGGUUCAAACUUUUUAUUUGGCUUUACUAAAAAAAGGGUUGGCCUCACAAUGAACACUUGUAUUAAGCUUUAGAGUGAUGUUACCACAUCUUUAGGGCACCACUUAAACAAAAACUUAAAAAUGAAAAUGUUUUGAAUUCAAACACUAUCAAAUGUAUGGGUUCAAUGUAACGUGAAAUCGCGGUCAUAUCGGUUACAAGGUAUAUAUUCCAAAAAAUUCACAUCAUUUAUGGGUCCAAUAUGACGUGAAAUCGUGGUCAUAUCGGUUACAAUGUAUAUAUUCAAAAAAAUUCACAUCAUUAAUGGGUCCAAUGUAAUGUGAAAUCGCGUUCAUACUGGUUACAAUGUAUAUAUUCUAAAAAAAUAACAUCAUUUAUGGGUCCAAUGUAACGUCAAAUCGCGGUCAUACUGGUUAGAAUGUAUAUAUUCGGAAAAAAAAUCACAUCAUUUAUGGGUCCAAUGUAACGUGAAAUCGCGUUCAUACUGAUUACAAUGUAUAUUAUUCACAUCAUAAUGAACCUGUGAACUAAAUGUCACGAUGAGACCACUUCAAGGAAAACGACCGUAAUCAGAACUUUAAUCUGGCAUGGUAUGGGCCAACAGACGAAUUGACGGACCGACGCACUGACUAAAAACAUAAAGCACAACCCUUUUAAUAUCACAAGUUGGGCAUAUAAGAUACAGAGUGACAAUCAUAGAAAAAGCAUGAGUAAAUUUUGAAUGAUAAUUUGAGUAUCAUUUUAUUUGAUUAUUCUAUUUAUGUAAAUUUUUAAUUGAAAUAUGGUAAGUUUUACAGGAACUUCUGUGAGAAAAUAUUUUUAUAAUACUGAAUAAGAUUGUUAAUCCAAUACAACUUGUUAACUUGUAAACUUGUUA